AUGUCUGACAACGGAAACGGAGGACUCGUGGGUGGGCUGGUGAACGGGGUCGGCGGUCUCUUGGGAGGCGGCCAAAAUGCGCGGCCACCACUACCACCACCACCAAACUCAUCGGACAACAACGGCGACAACAACAACAACAACCAAGGAGAUGGAUCCACAAACAACGCUGCAGAUCCGGGUGGAAAUGAUGGUAAAGGCCAGAACCAGGGUCAAGGACAGAACGGGAACGAUGGUGAUGGGAAGCAAGGUGGUCAGGGUGGCCAGGGAGGUGGCAAUAAUGGCAACGGUGCUGAGGCUCCAACUUCGUCUUCAACAUCAGCGUCACCCUUACCAACCUCAACGACGCCUACCUCGGACGUUGCUGAGACGACGGCACCCACGAGCAGUGCCGCUGCCGGAAACCAGCAGCAAUCCACGGCCCUCCCUGAGACAUCCGCAGCAGCGGUGAACACACCCACGACUCCGGUGGUCCAGACCCCAACACCCCCAGCAUCUACUUCACUGCUUGAGUCCAUCUCAUCCCUGAUCUCAUCUACUGGCACCGCGUCACUGCCACCCGCCGCGGUGCCCACCGAGCUCUCAUCAUCAGUAAGCUCCAUAGCGUCAACACCAGCGGUGCUCAACCCCGCCACGCCGCUGCCCACCACGCUGCUCUCAUCAACCCUGAGCAGCACGCCCUCGGCCAGCGACGCAGCCGACACCCCGUCGGCCUCGGCAGCCAGCCUCCAGCAGGAGGACAACGACGGCGCCAUCGCGAAGACAUCCAGCCAGUCCAACGUGAGGACGACCACGAUCGCCAUCGCCGCCCCGGUGGGCGGAGUGGUCGUGCUCGGCAUCCUGUUCGUCAUAUUCAAGAAGAACAGGGGCUGCUUCCGCCGCAAGAAGGAGCAGAACGGGAGCAUCCUGGACGACGAGGAGAUCUCGAGCUGGAGGACGGUCCAGCACCACGACAAGUUUGACCCGGCGAGGAACUACUAG